GUCCCCCGCGCGCGGGCGGUGUGCUUGCUCGUGUUUUCUCUCUCUCGGGCAGCUCCGAAUCCGACAGUGCUGUGAUCGUUCCGGGGUGUCACUCUUGAGAUCAAUCGCAUCCACACGUGCUCCCAUGGUGUCUCUGCACACUCGAGGAUGACGAAAGCUCCCGUCGCGUGACGCAGUAAGAGGUAUCAGGAUGCGGAGGAGCAGCAGGAGUAGCCCCUGGCGAACGUAGUGCAGCCGCGUACAGUAGAACGUAUCAGCGCUAGAGAGAGAGAGAGAGAGAGAGAGAGAGAGAGAGAGAGAGAGAGAGAGAGAGUUUAAGGAUAGCUAGAGUGUGCUGUGUGCCGCAAGUGCGUCAAGAUGUCGAUGUCUCGCGGCGAGACGUCGAACGAGGAGUCCUACCUGAACAGCGGCCGGCCGUCGAACCUCCUGAAGACGAGCUUUUCGAGUAGCAAGCUCGAGCGUCUCUAUCGCUCGUCGUCGCUUCAGCAGCGCCGAGGUGGCCUCCAGUGUUUCCUCAUCUCGGCUGUGCUUUACGACUUCUACAGUUUCGGGCUUACGGACGCGGAACUGCCCGCGCGCGGCCUCACGGCCGUCUUCCUCGGACUGAAUCUCGGUUUGCUGGCCUGGGCGGAAAGGGGGACAAGGGCGAGGGACGCGUUAUGGUCAGUGGUACCGCACGUGGCCUGGCAGAUUUCCAUAGCGCAGCUACUCGCCCCGCUGUUCCUCAAGUCCGCCGAGGUCACACCCCGAGACAGUCUUGGCUGGCUGCUGCUCCUGCUCUAUCUGCAUUUUGCCACUCUGCCGCUGAGGUUCUCCCUAUGCGCGCUUCUGGCAGUUGGAACCGCGGCGACUUACAUGGUAUCCGUUUACGGACUGUCCAAGGCUCCGGUACCGCUUGAGGUUCUGAUCUUGACGGUGACGCUGUCACUAUGCGCCGCGGCCUUAGGCGCCUCGAGCUACUCGCUGGCCGAGUUCCAGCAGCGUCGAGCUUUCCUCGAGACGAAGCAGAGCCUCGAGGUGCAGCUGAUAAUCGAGGAACAGUCGGCCGAGCAGGAGCGACUAUUGCUCAGUGUCUUACCUGAACACGUGGCCGUGAAGAUGCGACAGGAUUUGGGAGCUUCGCUCGACACGCAGUUUAAGAAGAUCUACAUGUCGAGGCACGAGAACGUCUCGAUACUCUACGCCGACAUCGUCGGCUUCACGGCCAUAUCGUCGACCUACUCAGCCAGCGAUCUCGUCAAGAUACUCAACGAGCUUUUCGCCAGGUUCGACCAGCUCAGCGAGAGGUACGAGCAGCUGCGCAUAAAGAUCCUGGGCGACUGUUACUACUGCAUAAGCGGAGCACCAAAGGAACGUCCGGAUCACGCGGUCCUCUGUAUCCACAUGGGCCUGUCUAUGGUCGAGGCUAUCAAGUACGUCCAGCAGACGACUAAUAGUCCGGUCGACAUGCGCGUCGGCAUACACACAGGCGCCGUCCUUGCAGGUGUACUGGGACAGCGACAGUGGCAGUUCGACGUCUACAGCAAGGACGUUGAGCUGGCUAAUAAGAUGGAGAGUAGCGGGAGAGCCGGGCGAGUUCACAUCUCGAACGUGACGCUGAGCUUCUUGAGCGGCGAGUUCGAGGUCGAACCCGCGUACGGCGAGCAGAGGGAGGAGGCGCUGCAGAAGGCUGGGAUCACCACGUACUUCAUAGUGAAGGCGCUGAAACCGUUCAAGCCUGCGCUGACCAAGAGCUUGGCGUCGCUGGCCGAUGCUGAGUUCUCGCAGAGGGCCAUAAGCAGUGCCGAUGCCCAGACCAAGGAGGAUUCCGAGGACUUUAGGCAACGACUUCGCAAGGAACUCGAUAGUCGAGUAGGCGGCGGAGCAGAGCUGAAGGGUCACGCGUCCUGGAUCACGCUGGCCUUCAAGGACGCCCAGCUGGAGAAGGGCUUCCACAGCGCGGAAGAGGCGUUCUCCCCGUUGUCCCUCUUGGGAGGUCCUCUGGUGAUGGUAUGCGCGUCUCCGGUCUGGCGACUACAACCCUGGGGUCCGUUCACCUGGGGCGGCGCCGGUGUCGUCACGCUCUUCGGUAUCGUACUCGCAGGGGCCACGUGUCUUGGCAGCGCUGUUCGCGCCCGAUGGCUCAGGCGCACGCUCGCCCUUCUCAUGAUAUUCUCCAUGAGCGUCUUUCUUCUCCUGGAUAUGGCCAACUGCGGUAUAAUCGACCUGGAGCCAGCAACGAACGUCUCGAUGAGUUGGUCACCCCGCUGUCCUUACCCCUCGUACUACUCGUACAUCGGCGUACUGGCCCUCGUGGUAAUCUCGAUGCCAGCCUACAUCUGCUACCUCGGCAAAGCCUUCCUCAUGUUUAUGCUGGCUGGAGCUCAGUGCACAAUCAACGUCCUCUUCCUCGGGCCGACUCUCGACCACGAGCACAUGGCCACCACGUCGCCAGGACAAAAGGUCCUUCCUCUCAAGUACUCGCUCUCGGCUACGCUUCUGACCAUCGCCAUAGCCCUCGUCGUCGUCGCCCGAUACACAGAGAAGGCGAGGCGAGUGCUGUACCUGCGGGGUCGCGAGGUCGAAGCCCAGAGGGAACGAGCAGCCGACAUGAAGCGGCGCAACGGCGCCCUGAUCUACAACAUCCUGCCGCCCCACGUGGCGGCCUACUUCCUCUCGAACACCCGGCACCACGACGACCUCUACAGCCAGAGCUACGCCGAGGUCGGCGUCUUGUUCGCCAGUAUGCCCAACUUUGCUGAUUUCUACAGCGAGGAGAGCAUCAACAACCAGGGACUCGAGUGCCUCAGGUUCCUCAACGAGGUCAUCUCCGAUUUCGAUGCGAUCCUCGAUCAGGACAAGUACAAAGACAUCAUAAAGAUCAAGACGAUAGGCUCGACGUACAUGGCGGCCUCUGGUAUAACCGAGUCAGAGGAGAGGGCUAACGAGCCUCAGUGGCAGCAUCUCUCGAGGCUCGUCGAGUUCUCCCUCGACAUGAAGAACGCCCUGUCCAUCAUCAACGAGCAGAGCUUCAACCACUUCGUUCUAAAAAUGGGCAUCAAUCACGGGCCCGUCACUGCUGGGGUCAUCGGGGCCAGGAAGCCUCACUACGACAUCUGGGGUAACACGGUCAAUGUGGCCUCGAGGAUGGAGAGCACCGGCAAAGUUGGAUGCUUGCAGGUAACGGACGAGACGCGAAAGAUCCUGGAGCCCUUCGGCUACGGUUUCGAGCAGCGGGGCAUGGUCUUCGUCAAGGGCAAAGGUCAACUACUAACCCACUACCUGAUCAAGAAAGACGGCGUCCCGCUGAACCUCGACAGCGAUUUACCGAUCGAACCGGCACAUCCGAUCAUCUAUCAGUAAGAAGAACAACUGUAUCCGCAUCGAAGACAGGUGCAACCGAGAACAAAGAAACUGACGUCCUCCGCAAAAGGCGCUAAGACAGAACGAGAGAGACAUUGAAAAUCUCGAGGACAAAAAGCUGCUGCUGCUGGGGAGUGAGCGAGCGCGAUUAAAGUCUCGGGGCGGUACUUUAAAAGUAUGAGAAAAGGCUGCUCCGCAUAGAUGCCGAUGCUGCGCAUUAUGUAUGCACACGACAUACACACACACGUACACAUGAUCCCGGCCGGCAACGAACUGAAAAAAGGAGCUUCGAUCGCGCGGCCACAUUGUCGUCGUCUAAAAAUAACGAAAACAGCCGCUUAUGCAGCGUAUAACACACACACACACAACAGAUAACACGGACACGAGAACGAGAGCUGUUUCUUCCUUAUACCCGAGAGUCGCGUGAGGUUGUUUAUUAUAGCGACAUGCCGGUCUAAAAAAGCUCGUUUACUCACACGCGUAUCACCGAGAGGGUUAACGAUAAAAAGUCGUGCGGAUCGAGAUCUGCUGCUUCUGUCUCUUUAUUGGGACGAGGAGAGAUGUAUUUCAACGACGAAAACAGGUUGUAAUGUUGCUGCUGCAAGCUCAAGUUAUUAACGUCGUCUUUUAUCGAGGAUAUAAAUAUUGCAAAAAUAUACAAAUAUACGUACUUUGAGCGAUGAGGUGGAUACAAGGCUUUAUUAAAAAAAAAAUAACAAUAAAAAUUACACUAUUAUAUUACAUACUGUCGAAAAUGGUAAUAUGCUUCUGCUAUUUGGGCUGCGGAAUAUGGUCCUUCGUGAUUUUCUUUGGAUACUAUAUGAUGUAGAGCUUAUAGAUGUUUUGGCCGACUUUAGGUAACGCAACGAGUCACACAUCAGACUUCGCCUAUAUCUAAUGUCUUUCGAAUACUCAAAAGUGCGUGUGACUAAAAAUAAACGUGGUAAACGGAUAAUCAAAUUAUUUUCUAAAUAAUUCAAUUCUCGUAGAUUAUACUAGGCAAGUAUUAGAAAAUUCUCGUGUAUCGGUGUGUGUAUUUCCGAAAGUUGUUCAAAUUAAGCAUCCGCAAACGUUUUGUAAAUCGUAUCUCUCAUAGAUUUAAUCGAAAAAUAGACACUUAAAGCAAUAGCUUUCAUUCGUUCGAUGAUUUUUUUUCUAAUAAAUUUCCGCAGCCUAAAGCCUUGCUGUCGAUCAUUGUGUUCACUCGAGAGUAAAAUAAAUCCGCGUCUUCGUCCGAGGCUGAGUCUAUGAAAUCUAAUCACACUUUUGCUAAACAAAAAGGAAAAGUGGUCCUCGGAUGUCGAACGCACAGAUAUAUGCGACGUUAUAUAGCGUUAAUAUGUAACUAAGAGUUCACGAGACAUUUCUUAAGUCUGUGAUAACUUCGUCGCGAGUAGCGUAUAUUAUUAUAACGAUUUUGAUGUACACUUGUUUAAUCUAGAGCGUCGUGUAAGGAUGUCUUAGGAGGAAAAAGAGGACGAGUUUCGCAACGAGUGUCAAAGUGUUCGAACUGCUGCUUCGAUGUUUUCCAAUGAAAUAUCAUAAUCAGUCCUCUCGUGAGUUAUAAUUACUUAUUCAGCUCAAGAUAAUAGCGUUAUAUCCGUCCAUAAGAUAGCAAUAGUAAAGUAUAAUUUUGUAAUGUAUCGUAUCACACAAAGAUGCCAAAAUUUUAGACAGCCUCCAUUUCGCACAAGUAUGUAAUCAGCAGUUCAAACAUUUACUAAGACACCACAUUGAUAUCCUGUAAAAGGUUUUUCAAAAUUUAACAAUUACACCUCUGGAGAAAGCCUAAAGAUAAGAAAGGCCACGAGAGUGUCAGUAGGUCGUGCAUCAAGAUGAUAAUAAUUGUCGCAACCGAAUAGUCGUGUUAAUGAGAAUUUCCAGCGGUUAACCCAGUUGCAGAAUGGCACCGCAGUGAGUCCUAAAAAGCAACAGCCUUAGCUCAGUUUCAGACUUAAUGGAUUGUUGGGAAUUCAAAUUACACGAGAGUAUAAGAGCACGGGACAUCGGGCGAAAUUUAUUAAGCCAUUUUCCAAUUUCAAAUUUUACGGUACACGUGUUCGUAAACGCGGUGCCAUCUAAUGUGGGUCUCCAGCUGUUGAAGGAAGUUUCGUUGACGCCACACUCGACGUCGUGGAAAUGGAGAUUGAUCAAAGUUAUAAUGUACGUGACGCGUAUAAUGAAAAUUGACUAUUCGACUCUCUUGAAGUGAAAAAAAGAGACGCGAUACAAAGAGAGCUGAGACGGCGCAAUAGGAAUUAAGGUUAAGUACGCGAUGCAGAAAGAGACGGAAUGUUUGUAGCUUGUAAAAAGUUAGGAUGUGAAAGUGUAGCAGGCGAAUGAGGUCAGAUUGUAGCUCUCAAAGAGUAGCAUUUGUGAAAAUCGGGCGUACGCGGGAUGAAAAGAACGACGACAAAGAGAAGAAAAAGAAAAACAUUGAGAUGCGAGAGAAGAGAUAUUUAGUCACGUUCGCGUUUUCGAAUAAGUAGAGGAGUUUACGAUUACAUUUUUAUUUUUAACCAUGAAUUUCGAUUAGUUUUUAUUUAUGCGAAGAUGUAUUUUUGUAAGGAAAUAUUUUUUGUUUUAUUUCAUCGAUGAUCUCAUUUUAAAAUAUACUUUUUUAAUUUACGACUGAGUUUGACGUUUGUAGUAGCAGAAAGUUAAGGAAAAUCGAAAGAAGAUGAAAAGUGUACAACCCUAUUUUGAGAAUGAUCAACUUUCAUUCGUGAAAAGCCUCCUUCGUCUAGUCAUAGGCAGCACAAAUAUACUGUAUAAAUAUAUUUUAAAAGUAUAAAAUUCGUCUGUAGAAAAUGACGUAUUAGUGUGUACCAACGAGUUAAAAAAAUCCAGACAACUAUUCUAAACACUUUUUUUAUAUUCCAGCAGCUAAUUGGUGCUGGUAUGUAACUGUUCCUGACUUAACGAAAACAGUUCCAGAAAUACGACAAAAACAACAAGAAUGAUUUCACUUCAUUUUCACAAAUCUAUACGUAUAAUAAUCUAAAACAUUUUAUUUACAAUUUCGUCGAUUAUUAAACAAAAAACAAACUAGAACGAACAAUAAUGAAACCCGAAACACGGUAUAGUAGUAAAAAUUAAGGAUUUAAACAAAAA